AUGUCGAACACUUCAAGAGGCCAAAUGAGCAGUCCGCCACCACCACCGCCGCCGCCACCCGAAAUUCCUGGCUCCAAAAUAUCCCCCUACGUCCUCAAACUCAGGACUGCCCCCGCCGAUUACUUCUUCCAAGCUCCAAACCCUCCACAUCACGUGGUCUUGUUUGAUGCACCUACGGGGCCCUAUUUCUUCUAUGGCACGUUGACCGAUCCUACCAUGGUUCGUGAAAUCCUAGGGCUGGAAUUUGAGCCCGAGCUACGCUCUGCACGCCUAUCAGGUUAUGAAUGCAAGUUGUGGGGGCAAUAUCCUGCCCUGUUGCAUGCCCCAGGCUCUGUGGUUGAGGGCGCAGUAUAUCAUGUUGAAACGGUUGAACACGGGGAGAGGCUUGCGGCAUAUGAAACAAAUAACUACCAUGCUGACCCUUGUCGCAUUCGCUAUACUGAUGGGAAGGAGCCAGCGGAUGACAUCGGGUAUACAUUCAAAUUCAAAGGGAAUCGGAAUGAUCUGAGCGAAGGGGUUUUUGACCUUAGAGUUUGGUUGAAAAGAAUGGGCAGACAUACUGCGAUGGAAAAGCUCGAUGCUAAGCUAGCAUCAGCUGAACUACCUAUAUCAAGAGCGUGA